CGAAAAUCAAUACCGUGUGUCAAUAGUCAGCAAUUUACUAACGCUUUUGAAAUUUGAAGUUUCGACGUUACCUAACGCGUUCGGAAGUUUUAAUGAUGUCCCAGUUCCACAACAACACGAAAGGUAUGACACAGUGCUCAGGGAUAUUAAAUAAUAUGCAUGAAAACAAUAUUUCAAGUCAUCAAUGUAUAGAUGUGCAGAUACAGUGUCCAGAUAAGGCUGAAGAAUCUAUGACCGAAUAUGUAGAAAACCAAAUAAAGCAAGCAUUGCGUGAAAAUCUAGAGAGAGAAGAACCUCAACAUGAAGAUAAAGCGGAACAUAAUUCAACAAAAACUCAGGGUGUUCCCAAUUUUAGAAUGUUAGGGUUAGAAAACAACGAUGAAACUGACAGUAUCAAAACAAACUAUUUUGCGGAAACGAAUAAACAUGAUAGUUCUUCUGUGCAUAAUAGUUAUGACUCAGAAAAACGCGAGAGAGAAGAACUUCAACAAGAAGAUAAAGUGGAACAUAAUUCAACAAAAACUCAGAGCGUUCCCAAUAUUCGAAUGUUAGGAUUAGGAAACAACAAUGAAACUGACAGUAACAAAACAAACAUACUUGAAGAUACAAAAAAACAUAAUAUUUGUUCUGUGCAUAAUAGUUAUGACUCAGAAAAACUAACUAACGCCAGUGUUGAGGCGAUUAUUAAGGAAUAUCGCAACCAGGAGCAAUUUAAUUCUCAAAAUUCAGUAGGUGACGCUCAAGAAAACAUAAUAAAACCAAAAGUAAGAACAGAAAUAACUGUUAUACCUGAUGGAUUUAGUAUUUCUGAAAAGGAUUAUUUUAGUAAAAAACACCAAAAUGAUACUACGAAAAAAAUUGUAGAUUCAAAAAAUUUUAAAAUGAGUAUGGACUUAGAAAGCCAAAAUGUUGGUCAUCCUUUUCAUAAUACAAAGGCUCUUAGAGAAGAAAUGCUUUUCAAUAGAGAGUCUAAAUUAUACAAUGCACCAAGAGAUAUAAAUAGCAUCGAUAAAAAGUCAUUUCAAUCGAUUGAAACACAGAUAGAUAAAGCAGGAACAUCUAAAGUUUUCCAACCAACUAAUAUAGUAGACCAAAUAAAUAAAACAAAAAUAGGUCCGACAUAUUAUAGUGAUCCCAAUGAAUCUUUAGAUAAACUGCUACCCCUAGUAGAAUCUACAAAACAUUUCCAAAAUAUUGUUAAUGAAGAUUAUAUGGAAGAUGUUCCGCUUAGCGUUUUAAAACGUAUAAAAGAGGUAUCGACUGACGAUACGAAAAAACAUAAUAUUUGUUCUGUGCAUAAUAGUUAUGACUCAGAAAAAUUUACUAAAACAAGUGUUGAAUCUAGUUCCACACAAAAUUAUUCCCACGAUACUAACGCCAGUGUUGAUGCGAUAAUUAAGGAAUAUCGCAACCAGGAGCAAUUUAAUUCUCAAAAUUCAGUAGGUGAGGCUCAAGAAAACAUAAUAAAACCAAAAGUAAGAACAGAAAUAACUGCCAUACAUGAUGGAUUUGGUAUUUCUGAAAAGGAUUGUUAUAGUAAAAAUCACCAAAAUGAUACUACGAAAAAAAUUGUAGAUUCAAAAAAUUUUGAAAUGAGUAUGGACUUAAAAAGCCAAAAUGUUGGUCAUCCUUUUCAUAAUACAAAGGCUAGAGAACAAAAUAUGCUUAUCAAUAGAGAGUCUAAAUUAUACAAUGCACCAAGAGAUAUAAAUAGCAUCGAUAAAAAGUCAUUUCAAUCGAUUGAAACACAGAUAGAUAAAGCAGGAACAUCUAAAGAUUUCCAACCAACCAAUAUAGUAGAGAAAAUAGGUCCGACAUAUUAUAGUGAUCCCAAUGAAUCUUUAGAUAAACUGCUACCCCAAGCAGAAUCUACAAAACAUUUCCAAAAUAUUUUUAAUGAAGAUUAUAUGGAAGAUGUUCCGCUUAGCGUUUUAAAACGUUUAAAAGAGGUAUUGACUGACGAGUCUUAUAACAUUAUUUCGUUGUCUGAACAUUCAGAAUCUGAUGGAUAUAAUUCAUCCGACUUUGAAUUUAUAGACGAAGAAGAAGCGAAAUUGAAUACCGGAUUACAAGUUAUGAAUUUUAAUAUUGAUAGCCUGAUUCCCGAUUACUUCAAAGAAGGUCCGAGUACACAGCAAAGAAACCACGAUUAUGAUGAAUUAACAAAUUUGUUUAUGGGAUAUAGUAAUGAAUUGUUUUUGAUGGAGGUCAAAUGUCCUGCUAAUGCUGAAGGGACGGUUGCCGUUCCGCAUGAUAUACACAAUGCUUGGAUUUUUCAUGACUAUCCAGAGCACAAUGACAGAGAAGCAAUAGAAACUUUGGAAAUUAUUCGCGGACUACCGGAAAACAGACGAUGAUAUCCUUAGCAAAUAAAUAUCUUAUGC